GGUGCAAUGUAACGGAAUGAGGCACGAUAGCUGCUACUGACGAACAACUUUUAGUUAAUGAAUGUUGAAGUAGAUUUUAUGAUUCUAGUGAAAUAAAAUUAGCCGUUUUGGGUAAUUCCCGUUUGAGGGUUUCCGGAAUGUUGUCAAGCCUAGUUUCUGUGGACAAAUAUUGGCAGCAGUAGUCCAAUGCCAGCCUGUGCCUGUCACCAGACUCAGCCUCUGGAGGUUUAAUGUUUAAUCUGUGCUCCGGCUUCCUGCUGCAACCUUUAUCAGUCUUGUGUUGACUUUCUGAAGCCGUUUUAGCAUAGCCACACUCGCUAACAGCAAACCAGUCUAUUCUGACAACAAGAUGACUGUGUACAGCUACUAGACCUUGAUUUCCUCACCAGCUACAGCAAAAUGACAGACAUCGGCAGACCAUAUUUGGAUGACAUCUCAUUCUCACAAAGUGAAGAUUUCAACAGAGCACGUGCAGAGGAGGAUUUUUCUGAAAUUCACAAUGAUGACAAUUCUGAGAACUUAAGCUAUUCUCCUCAUGAACAAAGCCCUUCAGCCAAGCAGAAGGACAAUAAGGAUGAGAAGACAAAAAAAAGUUCCUUUUUGAAACCUUUGACUGGUCUGUUUAAAAAACAGAAUACGGCUGAUUCUGAAUCGCUUUCCACAUCUUCAGGGGGAAUUAAAAUACUACCCAACGGCACAAGAUGUAGUCCACCUGUUUCUCCAUUGCUGGACAGAAAACAUUGGGAUGUGUUACUGAUGACCUCAAGCCAAACUUCCCCCCCUGGCUCAGCGGGGUACAUGUAUGACACUCUUGAAUCCGAACUAACCAGUAUCCAUCCAGCAGAGUACUACGCUGAGAAGUUAGAGGUAUACAAGUUAAAAUACUCCUACUUGAAGUCUUGGCCCGGCCUUUUAAGAUUGCUCGGUGGCGUUCAACUUCUAUUCGGCGGGAUGGUGUUUGCCUGUGUAUGUGCUUAUAUUCAAAGAGACAGUGAGUGGUCCAACUAUUACAGGCCAAAUUAUGGUUUCGCUGGUGUGCAAGGAUACCAUUACAAUGGCCCCUUGACAGCCUUUGUGUUAGUCAUUGUUGGACUCUCAUGGAUACUGACCGUUAUCCUGAUGGUUUUGGGAUUAACAAUGUAUUACAGAACAAUUCUGUUGGAUUCUAAAUGGUGGCCUCUUACAGAGGCCAUUACGAAUCUGGUCCUUUCGCUGCUGUACAUGGCAGCGGGGAUCGUCUACGUGAAUGAUCUGAAUCGUGGUGGGCUUUGCUUCAUGACGGUCGGCAUCAACCCAGUCGUGUCUGGUCUGUGUCGUGUCGAGGGGGGACAGAUCGCUGGGACUUCGUUUAUAUUCAUUAACAUGGUCAUGUACUUCAUAAGCUUCCCGGUGUGCCUUAAAAUGUGGCGGCACGAAGCUGCCCGCCGUCAGAGGGAGGCCAUGAGAAGUCCGCUGAACACCCAGUUACAGCAGCAGACUCUGGAAUCCGCAUCGAAUAUGGGCAGCUCCUCGACCAGAUCCAAGAAAAUUUCAUUCAGAGAUGAAAUGGAUCAAAGCUCUGUGAAUGAGAGGAGACCGGCUUAUGUCUCAGAGAGAGCUGAAGAACGGAAGAUCUUAACUGGAGCUAUUCCAACAGGACACAUUCCUAAACCCAGAGUCGUCGCUGAUUAUAUUAUAAAAUAUCCUGAAAUUCGAUCAGUAGAGGACAGAGAGCAGUACAAAGCAGUCUUUAAUGACCAAUACCAGGAGUACAAAGAACUGCACAGGGAGAUCGCAGCCACUUUAAUGAAGUUUCAGGAAUUAGACAGCAUGAUGAGCCAACUCAUCAAUAACAGGAGAAGCCCUGAGGAAAAUAAGAGAAUCAACGACUUACUGAUAACAUAUGAUGAAAAAAAGAAUGACCCAUACUUUCUGGAGAAGAAGGAACGAUGUGAAUAUCUGAAAGGAAAACUAAGCCACAUCAAGAUGAGGAUUCGUGAUUUUGAUCAAAAUUUCAUUGCAAACAACAGCAAUUACAUCAUGUAUGAAACACAGCAGUAUGACAGUCCACCGCAGUACAGUCCACACUACACUGCCCCAUCAAAUAUGUACACAUCCCGAAGUUUCUACUCUCAGAGAAGCGAGUAUGGCUUAUACUCUUCAGUACCUGAUGCUCCUCAAACGGAGGGAAACCCUCAGCAUUUCUACAGAUGGUUCUCACCGCCUGGUAUCGUGAAAACUAUGGAGGGACUGACCGCUCUGCUUUGUUUCGUUAUUUUCGCCUGUGUCGCUUCCACUCUAGUUUGGGAUAUGCACGGCUACGAGAGCAGCAUCGGGGCCUACAUUGCCGGAUCUGGGAGCUAUGGGACGGGGUCUGGGUACUAUGGAGGAACCUACGGCUAUCAGAGCUCUUACAUGACACCCUACUCAGCAAAGUCAGUUAUGAUCUCCAUGGCAGCCCUUAAUUUCGUAGUAUCUUUGGCCAUCCUAGUGCUCAGUUUCUCUAAGACUUGGUGUGUGCGUGGGAAAACGUUUUUCCUGACUGUUUUAGUGGUGGAUGUGAUUCUGGCGAUUCUUCAGUGUGUUAUAAACAUCAUAUUCGUGAUUGGGGUGAAUCCCAUGGCCCAGAGUUCACAAAGCAUCAUGUACAACCCCAUCUUGAUGAUGUGUCAGACCUCAUUAGGGACUCCCAGCUUCAGCGCUGGAGCCGGCACGGGCUUCCCGGGUGCAUUUCCGACCUUUAAUCGAUAUCUCUAUCACUACUGCUACAUGGAUCCUGAGGAGGCUGUGGCUCUGGUUUGUGGGCUGUUUGUCAUGAUUGCUCUGAUUAUUGCAGCCUAUUUUGCCUAUAAAACUCGAAGUAAAAUAUGGCGUCAUGGCAAACCUAAUACCUACUGGGAGGAACCACCUGUCCUCAGAAUAGACAGGAGCCAGAAUUCACAACACUGGCAAAGCACUCAAUACACCCCCACUGUGGUUUUAUCGGAAAAGACUGCCCCUCACCUGAAAGCAGAGAACAGCUUCACCUCUUACACUGAGGGAACAGUGAGCGUCUACAGCGAGGGUGCAUACAAAAGCAACGUGUAUUCUGAGAACGUGAACGGUUGCUCUUCAGAGAAUCGGUGGAUGAGCUCCAGCCCUGUGGAGGAAGUUGAAGUGGAGAGCAGCUCGGUGCAGGAGAAACCUGUGACGUAUGAGGUUGAGGAUGUGCUCUGUGAGAUGGGCUAUAUUACUGCUGGAGAUUCGGCCACUGAAUUAGACACAUAUGAGUUGGAGGACUCUUAUUCAGAAAUUACAACUGAUGAACAGCGCAGACAGUACAAGAAACAGUUUGAUAUCUCCCUCGCUGAAUAUAAGAACCUCUGUGCAGAAAUGGAUGAUAUCAGUGAUCAAAUGAAUGAACUGAGCCGAGAGCUGGACACCCUACAUGAGGACUCCACCAAGUUCCAGGCUGUAGCUGAUGAAUUUAAUCGACUCAAGGAUCUGAAGCGGUCUCCAGAAUACCAGGCUAAGAAGAUCCGGUGUAAAAAACUGAGGCAGGAGCUGUGUCAUAUCAAGCAACUGGUGAAAAAUUAUGAUAGAGGCUUUACAAGGAGAGCGACGACAAAUAUUGCUGAUCCUCAGGAUUUCUUUGUCUAAAACUGUACAUGUGUGUUACUGUUUGUCUAGACUUCUACAAUCUGUGUCUGUAAUGUUGCAAGAGUUGUAAAUAUGUUUGAUUUUCCUGUAAAACAAUCUCUUUAUAGUUUGUAUAUAAAAACUCCACAAAAAGC